AUGCAUAAUGGCAGACAUCGACUUCAAUCCCUUGAAGAUCUGCACUUUGGACUGGUUGAUAAAUUCUGGAAGGACCUGGCCGCCGAGGAAGUCGUGGAAGAGCAUUCCUUGACAGAUAUGAAGGUUUCAGCUGGAGUGAAAGAGAAAUAUCUCCCUAGUCAGUAUAGUGCACCCAAGAAGCGAGUCGAUGACAGUACUCAGACCAGGAACAGCAGCAAGAGAAUCCACCGAGUGCCCGUGGCGAAUGGGUAUGCAGAGGAAGCUCCAGGAAAUGAAGUCGAAAAUAAGUUCGAGGAUGAGGAAACAGAAGAUGAGGAAACAGAGGACGAGGUGUAUAGUGAGGAUGAGGACUCUGAGGGCGGGAUGGAUAGCAAGGGCUCUGAGGACGAGAUAGAGAGUGAGGACCUCCAGGAUAUUGGCGAGAGAACCGAGGAGAAGGUUGCAAUGCUUGGUGACAUUGAUGUAGCGACGGCAUUCCUCACCUACCGGGGGGCAGCUUGUGCGCAUACCCUCAGCAGCAUUCAUGAAAAACUGCAAGCCUUGUGGAAGUGCGACUACAACCGCACGAUGGCCCUUUCGGAGGUCCUGAAGGCUCGUCCUGCGUCCGCGGAGCAAGAGUUCUUUUGGCUCUAUCUGGCCAACUGCAUCAAGCGGCUGCCCAGAAAAAAUAGCAAGAGCAAAAACGUCGACCCAUCCACCAUCGCACAGAACAAGAACGACAAGCAGAGUCUGGCAGUAGAGCUGAAAGAUAUCCACCACAGGACGACCUGCACAAUGCCUAUCGGCGAGGUCACUUCGCAAGGACUGAAGACCAAGAAGUCCAAGGUCACCCACGACCCCAAGCGUGUCGCCAUCUUGCUGAAGGAAGCACUAGAGUUUGCGGGCAAGGAGUUCGGGGUUGAGGACGCGGCAUUGGUGGGACUGCAGGUGGUUGCCAACAAGAAGGACGUACAUGUGAUGGCAAGGGUCGGACACAUCUAUGUCUUGGCACACCAGGGGGAUGUAACGAUCCCGAACAGCCUCCACUCCCUCAGCGACAUUGAUCAUGACUUUCCAAUGCGGAAGGCACUAGAAAAAUCCUUCAAGCAGGGCAUCGAGCCCAUUCUCAAGGCCGUCAGGCAAGGCUGUAUGCACAACUGA